AUGAGUGUUCAAGAACCUGAGCUCCAGAUAAGGCGUUUGUUUAUUGGGAACAUUUCCAAGGCAUUAGCAGAAAAUCCUAGUGAUGUACAAGAUAGAAUAUCAAAAUUUGGCUCUAUUAAAUCAGAUUUAGAAUUACACCAUAAUGAAGUUAAAGGGUUAUCAUUUGGCUUUUUAGAUAUUGAAUUGGGUGAUAAGGACUAUACUAGGUUGAAAAAUGCCUUGAAUGGUGUCAAUUAUAAAGGAUCUAAAUUGGUCAUUGAUAUAGCUAAAGAAAAUUUUGAAUCAAGAUGGGAAAAAGAUCAUAAUAGACCUAAUGAAUUUAUUCAAGCUAAAAAUAUUAAAAAACAAUAUGAAUUUUGGAAAAAAUUACAAAAUAUCAAUAAAACUUUUAAAGAUCAACAAGAAAUAAUACAUGGUCGUAUGAGAAAUCAAAGAAAGAAAGAUUUUAAAAAAAUGACAUUUAGAGUUAAAUUUAAUGGUGAAACCAAGAUUAUUAGAUGUUUUAAAACAAAACUUUGGGGUUAUGAAAAAAAUAAACCUCUUAGAGAUCUUGUUUAUAAAUUCUCACAUAAUGUUUGGAAAGAUGGGAAUGAUCAUAUAGUGGAAAGAUUAACAACUCCAUUACGUUUAACAAGUCAAAAUGGUCAAACUUUAACAAUUGAAAAAAUCGAUGAUGAUUCAAAUAUUAAUAGAGAUGAUUUAUUAUUAAAAGAUUUAGGAGAUGAUGAAGAUAUGGAUGAAGAUGAACAAGAAAAAAACAAUAAAGUUUUAGCUUCAUUAUUGGGAACUUUUGAUUUUGAUAAACCUAUGGAAUUGAAUGAUGAUGAUAAUGAAGAAUUUGGUCAUUCUGAUUACGAAUAUGAAGGAGCUUUUAAAGAUGACGAUGAAAGUGAUGAAGAUACAUAUAAGAAUCAAAACAAAGUUGUUAAUAAUCAAGUUGAAUAUGUUAAAGAAGGUGAAUUUGCUAAUGAGAAAACUGUGAAUUUUGAUGAUGAUGAUGAAGAAGAUGAAGAAGGUGAGCAAGAUCAAAUGGAUAUUGAUCAACCAGAAGAAGAACAAGAUAUUCCAGAAAAUGAAGAUGAAGAUCAUGAAUUCAUACCCACAUUUGGUGCAUCAAAACCUGAAGAAGAAGAAGAAGAAGAAGAAAAAGAAAAAGUACCACAAGUUUCUGAAGGUACAAUCAGUAACACUGAAACAUUACGUACAUUAUUCAAUACAGAAGAUCAAGGAACAUUUAAACUUAUCGAAGAAUCUGAUGAUGAUAUUGAUCAAUCUAAAAAAACUGUUGCAGAUGAUGUCAUAAUCCCAGAAAGUAAUAUAACUUCAAUAAUUGCACCAAAAUUGAAAAAUAAAAAAGGGUUAUUUUUCCCACAUUUUGAUUCUCCUUUCUUGGUUGCACAAACUCAAUUAAAUAAAUUAAAUACAAAUGUUAAUUUUGAAGAAUGGGAAAAUCAAUUUUGGGAUAAAAGAAGUGAAUGGACAAAAGAAUUUAAAAGAAGAAAAAGAGAUGUUCUUAGACAACUACGAAAGAAAAAUGCUCGUAAUGCUCGUGUGGUGUUAUAA